AUUUAUGUAUUACCACACCUACUUGUCUUUCCUUUUUAUAGUAAUUCUACGACUUUUUGGUUUCGAACUAAUAAUUUGCUCGUGUUGCUAACAAACAGUUGUUCCAUUAUUGCCAGGGCUUUAUAUAAUUACUUCAUAUAUACAUACGCAUAAACGGUGGUUCUUGAAGUGAUAAUGGCAGAGGAGGAUAACUACACGAAAGACGGGACGGUGGACUACAAGAACGAUCCCGCCGAUAGGAAUAAAACGGGAACUUGGAAGGCCUGCCCCUUUAUUCUUGGAAACGAAUGUUGCGAAAGAUUGGCCUACUAUGGAAUGAGCUCGAAUCUCUUGCUUUAUUUCACCAAUCAGCUUAAUCAACACAGUGCUUCUGCUUCGAAAAAUCUGUCGAUUUGGUCGGGUACUUGCUAUGUCACGCCGUUGCUCGGAGCAUUUCUUGCCGAUGCAUAUCUCGGACGAUACCGGACUAUUGCCAGCUUCUCUAUCAUCUAUGUCAUGGGAAUGACACUAUUGACACUAUCGGCCUCAGUCCCGGGCCUGAGGCCGACGUGUCACAAGAAAGACGAAUGCACUGCAACCAAUCCCCAAAUUGCAGUGUGUUACGUCGCAUUGUACCUUGUGGCAUUCGGAACCGGCGGCAUCAAGCCGUGCGUUUCCUCAUACGGUGCCGAUCAAUUCGACGAUGCAGAUGAGGUUGAAAAGGGGCACAAGAGCUCUUUCUUCAAUUGGUUCUACUUUUCAAUCAACAUCGGUGCGCUCGUUGCAUCUUCGGUCCUCGUGUGGAUCCAAGUGAACAUCGGCUGGGGAUGGGGGUUCGGCGUGCCUGCGGUGGCUAUGGCUGUGGCCGUUGGGUUUUUCUUCUCGGGCACGCGUUUGUAUCGUAAUCAGAAACCGGGUGGCAGCCCACUCACCCGACUGUGCCAGGUGGUGGUGGCUUCUUUGAGGAAACGACGCGUUGCGGUGCCGGAGGAUAAGUCUCUUUUGUUCGAGACUUCUGAUGCGGAGGCUGCUGCUAUCGUUGGCAGCCGCAAACUUGACCAUACAACUGAAUUCCGUUUUUUCGACAAGGCAGCAGUCGAGGUACAAUCGGACUACAACAAAGAAUCAAUAAAUCCAUGGAGGCUGUGCACAGUGACACAAGUAGAGGAGCUAAAAGCGAUCAUAAAAUUGCUCCCCGUUUGGGCAACCGGCAUAAUAUUCAGCGCGGUCUACGGCCAAAUGGGCAACUUAUUCCUACUCCAAGCAGAGUACAUGAACACCCGAUUAGGCAACACCACCUUCAAAAUCCCCGAAGCCUCCCUCAGCAUUUUCGACACACUCAGCGUCAUUGUCUGGGUACCGAUCUACGACCAACUCAUAAUCCCGAUCACCAGAAAAUUCACCGGCCACAAAAACGGGCUCACUCAGCUCCAGCGCAUGGGAAUAGGCCUCUUCAUAUCGAUCUUCGCGAUGGUGUCCGCCGCAGUAUUGGAGAUAGUUAGGCUCAAUAUAGUGAAAAGGCACGAUAGCUACGACGUGAAAGAGGCGCCGAUAUCCGUGUUCUGGCAGGUUCCGCAGUACUUCAUUAUUGGCUGCGCGGAGGUGUUUAUGUACAUAGGGCAGAUUGAGUUUUUUUACGAGCAGGCGCCGGAUUCGAUGAGGAGUUUGUGCGCGGCUUUGUCGCUGACAACGACUGCGCUCGGGAAUUACUUGAGCGCUUUUUUGGUGACUAUUGUGACGGAAGUUAGUACUAGGAACGGUAAGCCCGGGUGGAUAGCCGAUAACUUGAACCAUGGAAAACUCCAUUAUUUCUUCUGGCUUUUGGCUGUUUUGAGCUUGCAUAUUGGUAUUGAAGCUAUGGCGGAGGAAGAUGAUUUAUACACUAAGGAUGGGACUGUAGAUUACCAAAACAACCCUGCAAACAAGACUCGAACUGGAACAUGGAAAGCCUGUCCUUACAUUUUAGGGAACGAGUGCUGCGAAAGAUUGGCGUUCUACGGGAUGAGUUCGAAUCUGGUUGUUUAUUUCAAGGAGAGGCUGAACCAACACAGCACCACUGCUUCGAACAAUGUCUCCAAUUGGGCGGGUACUUGCUACAUCACACCGCUUAUCGGAGCCUUUGUCGCCGAUGCAUAUCUCGGAAGAUAUUGGACAAUUGCUUCUUUCUCAAUCCUUUAUGUCAUUGGAAUGACACUGUUGACAUUAUCAGCAUCAAUCCCCGGCCUAAAACCGACCUGCAUCGAUAAAAACACAUGCCACGCAACAAGCGGACAAGCCGCAGUUUGUUUCGUGGCACUUUACCUAAUCGCCCUCGGAACCGGCGGUAUCAAACCCUGCGUCUCCUCAUUCGGGGCGGACCAGUUUGACGACACGGACGAGUUAGAAAAGAACCACAAGAGUUCUUUCUUUAAUUGGUUCUACUUCGUAAUAAACAUCGGUGCACUAAUUGCUGCUUCCGUUCUUGUGUAUAUCCAAAUGCAUGUAGGCUGGCAGUGGGGUUUCGGAAUUCCAGCUGUCGCAAUGGCAAUAGCUGUCGUGUUUUUCUUUUCGGGGACUAGAUUGUACCGCAAUCAGAAACCGGGGGGGAGUCCUCUCACGAGGAUAUGUCAAGUUGUGAUUGCGUCUUUCAGGAAGUAUAAUGUUCAAGUUCCUGCCGACAAAUCUCUCUUGUAUGAAACCCUCGAUGCGGAGUCUGCGAUCAAAGGGAGCCGCAAGAUUGAACACACUAACAAUCUUGCAUUCUUCGACAAAGCUGCAGUAGACACACAACCGGACGUCAAAAAAGCUCCAAUUAAUCCAUGGAAGCUCUGCACGGUAACCCAAGUGGAGGAACUCAAAGCCAUCAUACGACUCCUUCCCAUAUGGGCAACCGGGAUAAUUUUCGCAACGGUCUACGGCCAAAUGGGCACGUUAUUCGUACUACAAGGUCUAACGAUGGACGCCCACUUAGGCAAAUCCAGCUUCGAAAUCCCGGCAGCAUCUCUCAGCAUAUUCGACACACUCAGCGUCAUCUUCUGGGUACCCAUUUAUGACAGAGUCAUAGUCCCGUUUGCAAGAAAGUUCACCGGCCACAAGAACGGACUCACUCAGCUCCAAAGAAUGGGGACCGGUCUUUUCAUCUCCAUUUUCUCGAUGCUCUCGGCUGGAAUACUCGAACUCGUUCGGCUCAGAUACGUAAAACGGCACAACUACUACGAACUCGAACAGAUACCAAUGUCUAUUUUCUGGCAGGUGCCUCAUUACUUCAUUAUAGGAUGUGCAGAAGUGUUCAUGUUUAUUGGACAGCUCGAGUUUUUUUACGAGCAAGCACCCGAUGCGAUGAGGAGCUUGUGCUCUGCUCUUCAGCUCACGACUGUGGCGCUUGGCAGUUAUUUGAGUACUUUGCUUGUGACCAUAGUUACCAAAGUUAGUACUCGGAACGGGAAAUUGGGGUGGAUACCGGAUAAUCUUAACUACGGCCACCUCCAUUAUUUUUACUGGUUGUUGGCGGUGCUGAGUGUGCUGAAUCUCGGGGUGUUUCUUCUCGUGGCAAAGUGGUACACGUACAAAAAGCCGAUCGGAACUCUUCGUUGAUUUUGAUGGUACCACGUAAAAAGCAUAUGGUACAUGCGUCAAAUAUAUAGUUGUAAUUAUAUCUACACGUAACGUGUUGUAUCAUGUUUGUAUUAUGGAUUAUUUGUAUUUGAAUGUGUUUUGAACUUGUGCCUGGAAUUUUACUCCAGUACAUAUCUUUAUCACCGAUCAACUUCUC